CUGCUGACAAAGGAGGAAAAGAUGGUAUACAGAGAGAGGACUCGGAAGUGCACUGAACAGAAAGGCUCUCAGAAAACAGUGGAAGAGAUGAGUGAUCCGGCUCAUCCAGCUCCUGCUUAUCCAACCACAAAGAUGUUCAGUGUUACUUCUCUUCCAGAUGCCUCUGCUAUGUCUUGGAAGAAUGAUGAGGCUGUGAUUGCAGAUGUCUUCUACUUCCUGAACAUUUUCAGCCAUGGCAAGCUGCCACCCCCCUGUGAACAGCGCUUCCUUCCUUGCGAGAUUGGGUGUGUCAAAUACUCGCUGCAGGAUGGCAUCAUGGCUGAUUUCCAUCACUUCAUAGAUCCAGAAGAACCACCGUGUGGUUUUCGGUACCACUGCCAGGCUGCUAGUGAUGCCACUCAUAAGAUCCCUAUGUCUGGAUUUCCUCUUCCACGUACUUCUUACACAGUUGUCUUACAAGAACUACUUGACUUUGUCCAGCCAGUCACAGGUCUUCGGCCUCGCUUUCACUGCAGGUCUAGUGACAGAUUCCAAGUUAACUGGUGUCUCAAUCGAAUGGCUAGCAUAACAGGCAUUGAGAGCCAGCUGGAGCUUCUUGCUGUAGAAGACCUGAUAGUAGAACUGUACUGGAAAAAAUACCAAAAGGAGCUGUCCAAGACUUGGGUGUGUAGAGAACUGGAUGGUGUCCUGUGGGACUUCUCAAGUAAUACCAGGUGCAAGUGGCAUGAAGAGAACGAAAUAGUCCACUGUGCUUUGGCGUCCUGUAAGAAAGUUGCUUACUGCAUCAGUAAAUCUCUGGCUGGUGUGUAUGGAGUCCCAUUGACAGCAGCUCACCUGCCUAUUCAAGACUUGAAUUAUGGUGGAAGCACAAAUAAGAUGGUGGUACUGGAUGCUGAGCGUUUUCAGAAAAUGAAGGCUGAGCAUUCUGGAUGUGAGAGACAUUUUGCUUCUCCAAGUCAGGAUCAAGAGCGUGUCCCUUCUAAUUGUGAUCCUCCAAGUGGUGUGAAGACUUCCCUUUUUGGAACAAGUACUAUGAGAGGAAGAGGAGUUACUCGGUUGAUAAAAAGUGCAUCUGAACUAUCCAAGUCUUCCAGUAACUGA